AGAGUAGUACAAAAGCGAAAAGAAUCAAUCGAUAGUACCCAUUGUAGUACACACCACGACACAACAUUAUAUUCAUUCUCCGGUGUACUACUGUUCCCUUUUUUAAUAACUAAACGCAACCUUUCUCUUUCUUAUCUCCCUCUCUCUUUUCUCACACGCAACAACCACCAACCAACGGUUCAUCUCCGAUCUCCGUCGCCGGCACCGAAGACGACGCAACCAUGAUGCACAUGACCUUCUACUGGGGCACCAGCGUUACUCUGCUAUUCGAUUCAUGGAAGACGGACUCAUUGUUCAGUUACUCCCUCACCUUAAUCGCUUGCCUCCUUUUCUCCGUCUUCUACCAAUACAUGGAAGAUCGCCGUCUCCGAUUCAAGCUCCUCUCUUCCUCCGCCGUUAGCAACAACACCGAUGGAGCUGUGGACGCCACUCCUCUCCUUAAAACCAAGAUAUUCGCCCGCGGUGGCCGGUGGAGUGUUGGGAGGUUUACCGGAUCCGUACUCUUCGGGAUUAACUCCGCGCUUGGUUACUUCCUUAUGCUCGCGAUCAUGUCGUUCAACGGCGGUGUGUUUGUCGCCAUCGUUGUCGGACUUGCUAUCGGGUAUUUGUUGUUUAGGAGCGGGGAUGAUGAGCAAGUCGUUGUUGUUGAUAAUCCUUGCGCGUGUGCUUGACAUUUGAUCUUGAAUUUCGUAUUUCGUUUCUCUAUUGAUCGAUCUAAUUAAGACACGAAAUUGGGGUUGAUGCUCUGUAUUCUGCAUCCGAUAGGUUCGAAACAAAACCCUACAUAUACGCAAGUUUGUAUUUAUAUGUCUUUUCUGUAUUAUUAUCAUCUUCAUCAUCUAUCUCUGGUUUGAAAUUAAGAACAAGCACUUUCGAUUUA